UCUGAAUGGCCCCGAUCACGCCGGAUCUAAAUAUCCGAUCCGGCAUCAGAUCUUUUCUAUUCAAGAUCUGGCACAUUGGACAUUGUCCCCUGUGUGCAUAUCAGGCAGGCGUUGCCCCCCCACGAAUCCAUCCGUGAGUUAGUCACGAGUCUUCUCGUGAGUCGGGAGAGAUUCAAUCCCUCCCGGAAAUCGGGUACCAAUUUGUGUUUCGAACCCUGGUGCUACUCAUUUUGCAUGCUGAGUCACAACCACUCGCCCUGGUUCGAAUUGGUGUCCAUACUUACAUUUAUUUUGUACUUAAAACAAACCUUUGAAAUCACAAAAUUUAACUCCCGGUUUGGUACGGUUCGGUAAGGAUUCACAGAACCAGAGUGAUUUUACGCUUUGUCUGAAAUAGAGGAACAAAAAAAGAACCUUCCUCUCAUCAUCAUCAUCAACCACCGUUUUUGUUUUCGAUUCGAAUAGAUUCAUGGCCGCCUUCGAUUUAAAGGGUAUUUUACAUAACGAGCAAGAAGUCAAAUAUAUUUUGUACUUCUCGGAAAUGCACAAGCUACGGGUCAAUGAAAUUGAAUCCAAAGCCGGUUUAUCAAGUUUCAAAAUCGGUUGCUACUUUGCAAUCCUCAUUGAAUAGAUAGAGACAGAAUCAGGUCUCAUGUCGGAUAAUUAUUGUUUCGGGCAGCUUUAAGUUCGUGGGCCUCAGUCAUCUAUUCUCUGGCCCACACCUGAAAUCAGAAAGCUUGAAACUGGACAAUUUGUUAAAGCUAACCUAAUAGAGUUUAUUGCUAUAGAAGAAGGAAGAACAAGUUAAAAACAUAGCGACAGGAGACGAGAACAAGAGAAAUGGUGAGAGAUAGAAGGAACAAAGUUCAAAUAAUGUCAUUAUUUAAACAUGUAACAAUUAGAGAAACCGUAGAUAGGAGCAAAACGUUUUACCUCUCAAGAUUCCAAGUUAAAAGCUCUCAAGCGUUAAACUUAUAACAGCCAGUUCUGUUUUGUUUUGUUUUUUUUUUUUUUUUUUUGGUGUAAAUGUUAAGAACAGCCAGUUCUGUUCUUCAAUUUGUCCCUGGUUGUUUUUAUUUGAGCUCAUUAAAGUGGGUUUUCUAUGAUGGGGCUUCGGAAAAUGUGAAGGGUGUUUCAUGGCCGCUUUGUAAUUAUGAAUGCGGUGGGAUAUGGUUCGUAUAGGAUGUUUGAAAGUUUUUUUCAAGUUUUUUAAUCGAUGCUAGAGAAAGAAAUGAUUGCUAUGAGUGCUAUGCUUUGUUUAUAGUUAAAGAGAGAGUUUUUUGUUUGUUUGUUUUUUGUCAACAAAGAGUUACAUUUUGUUUAUGUAGAAAUAAAAUGAAAAAAAAAUACUUCUAGAGGUUGUAGAUUUGUGUCAAAAGAAUGAAGAAAAUACUUCUAGAAGUUGUAAGAGAUAUUGAAUGUACCCAAACUUUAUUGAAAAUCUGUCAUGUGUAUCUUGUCCACGUAGAAGUCACGGCAAAUCAAAUACAUGGGACCGACACUAAUGACUACUUCAACAGUUUAUAUAGUUCUCCCAAACUUUUUGUGUAUUUAUUUUUCUAAUUUAAGGUAUCUAAAAUUUAUAAUUAGAUUCAGACUAAUUCUAAUAAAAGUGCAUUUUACAGGUGAACCUGUUCCUAGAUAUUUAAUUAAGAUCUAAGUUAUGAUUUUAUAUCGGCAUGACCAUAUAUGUUUAGUGUCAUGAGAUAUUUUGAAUCCAGAUUAUUUAGCUUUUUAAAUCCCGUUUAUUAGUAGAUCAUCUAAAUUGUUAUAUUUAUUUUUCUCAUGUAGUAUAUUUUUCUCAUGUAGUACUUUCUGAAAUUCAAGUUGCGAGACUAUUUAGAUAUUCUUGUAAACUAGUAUUUCUUUUCCAAGUUUAUCAAUACUCUUUGAAAAUGAUAUUUUUACAACUUUAUAAUAAAACUUGAAAGGUUUCAGGAAUCACUAAAUAUCACGCCGACACAAUAUAGCAUAGUAUUUAAUAUUUAUAAUUAAAAUGUGAAUGAUGUAUAGAAAUUAUAAGUUGACUACAUACAUACACAUACCAGGUCCAUUAGCUGAGUUAUCCUGUAGUAUGUUAACUUAUGAUAUAAUGAUUAUGUUUUUAUUAAAAGAAGUGGAUACAUACACAAUAGUUUUCGGUUUGAUAUAGUUUUUACCAUAAUUAAGCUUUUUAUAUAAAAAAUCUAGUUUGAAUUUUUUGCGUGGAUAUUUAAACAAAUAUUUUCCCAUUUAAGUUUCUGGUUGUUCAUAUACGAAAACAAAUAAAUUUAUUUUUAUAAUAAAUCGAUUGAAAUCUUUGUAUCAACCUUUAUACAUGCAUACUUACAGUUUUGGUACAAAUAAGUUAAGUUAGCCUGGGCAGGAUCUUAUUAAAAUUACAUUUCACAAUAAUCUGUAAAAAUAUUGAUUAGAAAAAAUAUGUUUGAGAAUUUUGAUUGUUUCCCUUUGUUUUUAGUUUGUGUUUGCUUUUUUUUUUGACGUGAGUUUUGUGUUUGCUUUUAUGCAUCACCGAACAAUAGAUAAAAUUGUGGUUGUUUACAGUAUCUAUUUUUGUCAAUAUCGAAAGGAACACGUACGUGUGUAGAAAUGCAGAGCACUUGCUCAAUUUUGACCAGAGACAACGGUUGAUCCAUCUGUUUCUUUUUUUUUUUAACUUUUUCCAAACAAACUGAAACCGUGUUUUUAUAUAUCUUUGUCGCCGUGAAUUAGACUCUGUAUAUAUCAUUAGCCUCUAUAUAUACAUCCAGAAUUCUCCAUUUGAGAUUAAUUAGAAGCCAAAUACUUUCAUAAACAUUUUCAAGAAUAAGAAGAAAAACUUUAAAAGAUCGAGCUAUCAUGGUCAGAUCAGAACUAGGAAGAAGGAGAUUUUUAUCUCGAGCUGAAAUGGCGCCGGCGUCAAUGAUUUCUCGCCGGAGCUGUUCAAUGUCUCCGACACUAGAGACCAUAUUUGAAGAAAGGUCCGAUGAUUUUAACCAUCAAAAUUAUUAUUCAAAAGCUGUUGUGGGCCAACGACACCGUCUCUUCCUUAUCGUUCCGGCGAUUAUAUCGGCCGUGUCUUGUGUUUUGUUGUAUAGACAUGAUCGUGUUGUUCGAUUUUCUUGAACAUGUUACAUACAUAUGCACAAGUAUUUCAAUGUAAUUUAUGUAUAAGCAGCAGGUAAAUGUAAAAGCAGCAGGUAAAUGUAAUAGCAAUAUAUAAUCUUAUGUCUCUGUUUCAGUUCAUUUCAUUCUCAAAUUGAAUUUUAUAACAUGUUCUUAAUGCUCAUAAGUUCUGAAUUUUCUUACCAGUAAUAUAUUUUUAACAAGGCUCGAGUUUUUGGCAAAUGAAAUCAUAUGAAAACACAUCGCCUUAAUCCGCAAAGCUAGAUAUUGUUGAAAUUUAUGCCGAUAUAAUAUUUCAAAUAUGUUUAAAAUAGCUUUUGACCUAAGCAAACACACAUUUUCUAUAUGACUCUUUAUUUAACCUUAAAUCAUGGACAUAACUUGUUAUUAACAACAUAUACAAACUGCAGAUUGAAGAAGUAAUCAGUAGUCUUUGAUAGUCUUGUACAACACAAAGUACAAAAUCAUUGAGAGGAGAAGAGGAAGAAAGAUCACAAUCCGUUUUGGAGCUUGAACUGGAAAACUACCACAUCCUUCUUCAAGAAUCGUUUCCAACUUAGGCUGCGAGAUGCUCCUCGAUAAUCGUCUCUGUUGAAUCCGAUGAAAUAGUGAAGGUGUUACCUCUCCCCAUGUUUGAAUAAACCUCAUUUCAUUCGCCAUUAGCUAUGCAGUUUUAAAAGUCUUGUUGUCUUGAAAAUGGGCAGAGAAAAAAGAAGAAUAUUAAGGUGUUGUAUGAAGGAUUUGAUUGUUUUACUCCUGGAUUGGAACAAAAGAUAGGUUAUUUAUUUAAAGAUCAGAAGACUUUUUUUACGGUUAAUUAUAUAAAUAUGGGAAAAUGCUAAUAUCCAAAAAUAUCAAAGAUAAUGACCUGCUAAAUUUAGAAGAGGUUCUAGAAAGUAAAA